CAGCGGGCGUGAGGAGCCGGCUCCGGGUGCCACCCGGGGCGCGCUCUCGCUAGGGCACUGGCUGUUGGGCGGCGGGAGCUGCGGCGGGGGCCGGCGCGUCCUGCCCGAGGGCGGCUCUGGCUGAGGGCGGCGGGGCCGGGGGACAGCCCGGGGCAGCGGCCGAAACGGCGGGGCGGCGGCCGAGCCCGCUGCCCCCGGACGCCCCCGGCGAAAUGCUGGCCGAUAACCUGGUGGAGGAGUUUGAGAUGGAGGAGGAGCCCUGGUACGACCACCGGGACCUCCAGCAAGAUCUCCAGCUUGCUGCUGAACUUGGAAAGACGCUACUGGACCGGAACACUGAGCUCGAGGAUUCUCUUCAGCAGAUGUACACAACCAAUCAGGAGCAGUUACAGGAAAUUGAGUAUCUGACCAAACAGGUGGAACUUCUACGGCAAAUGAAUGAGCAACAUGCAAAAGUUUACGAGCAGUUAGAUGUCACAGCAAGAGAACUAGAAGAAACCAACCAGAAGCUAGUUGCCGAGAGCAAGGCUUCACAGCAGAAAAUCCUGAGCCUGACGGAAACAAUUGAAUGCCUGCAAACCAACAUUGAUCACCUCCAGAGCCAAGUGGAGGAGCUAAAGUCCAACCAGGGAAGAGGGAGGCAGAAGGCAUGUGACCAGGAGAAACCAGCACCCAGCUUCUCUUGUCUGAAAGAGCUGUAUGACCUCCGCCAACACUUUGUAUAUGACCACGUGUUUGCUGAGAAGAUAACUUCCUUGCAUAGCCAACAAAGCCCUGAAGAAGAAGAAAAUGAGCACCUGAAAAAGUCAGUGACAAUGUUGCAGGCCCAGCUGAGUCUGGAGAGGAAGAAGCGAGUGAGCGUGGAGACAGAGUAUAAAGUGGUCCUGAAGGAGAACAGUGAACUGGAGCAGCAGCUGGGGGCCAUAGAUGCCUACCGAGCCCGGGCGCUGGAGUUGGAGGCAGAGGUAGCCGAGAUGAGGCAGAUGCUGCAGGCAGAGCAUCCUUUUGUGAAUGGUGUUGAGAAGCUGGUACCCGACUCUCUGCUUGUUCCUUUCAAGGAGCCCAGCCAGAGUCUGCUGGAGGAGAUGUUCCUGGCUGCUCCAGAAGCACAUAGAAAACCACUCAAGCGCAGCAGCAGUGAGACGGUGCUUAGCAGCUUGGCAGGGGGUGACAUCGUGAAAGGCCACGAGGAGACUUGCAUCAGGAGAGCUAAGGCUGUGAAGCAGAGGGGCAUCUCCCUCCUGCAUGAAGUGGACACUCAGUACAGUGCCCUGAAAGUGAAGUACGAAGAGCUGCUGAAGAAGUGCCAGCAGGAGCAGGACUCGCUGUCACACAAGGCUGUGCAGACCUCUAGGCUACUGACCAGGGACCUGACAGGACUGGUCACCCAGUCUGAGGCUGGAGCAAGUGGCUGGGAACCCACCCCCGUCACCCCAGAGCCCAUCAGUUCUCCCACUACUACACCUCCAGAAUACAAAGCACUGUUUAAGGAGAUAUUUAGUUGCAUCAAGAAAACAAAGCAGGAAAUAGAUGAACAGAGAACAAAAUACCCAUCUCUCUCCUCUUACUCUUAAUGAGAUCUCCAGUUGUAAUCUGCUUGUUUUCUCUCACCCUCUCCCAUUCGGGCACAUAAGCACAGUCUCCAAAUCUUGAUGUUGCUAAUGAUAUUUGCCUCAUUGCUUUGCUUGGUUGGCAAAAGCAAGAAAAGAGGUUGCUGAUAGUGUUGAUUCUGGAAUCCCUGGGAAAUCUGCUGUUAGACUGGUCUCUGGUUGGGGUAUUGAAAAAGCCGAUUUCCAGGAAAAAGCCCCAGAACCAGUGGAGGGAGGUCCAUCUGCUUGGAGUAGGCCGAAGUACCCUAUUGCUUUCAUAUUCAGCUCCUCAAACUACUUGGAACUCCAAGGGCUGCCUAACUAAAAUGCUUUUCGCAAACAUUGUCAUUCAGAAGAAUGUUGAGAAAGCAAGAAUCUAAUCUGAAAUAGAUGGCAUUAAGCUCCUUAAGCCCUCUAGGGUUUGUGGGCAUCUGCUACCAGUUGAAUGAUGACUGACAGAUCCUAAUAUAUCCAAAUUCAAGUGAAUGCCAAUUGAAAUGGCAAGUUUUGGUUUGAUCAAAACCUGUUGGUAUAUGCCCAGCAUUCAGCUGUUUUACUAGGCAUGUAAUAUUAAUUCUGUUUGCAGAUGGAAAUUAAAGGAGAAAUCUGUCGGAUGGGCUCUGCGCUGGCCACUUGGCAGCCACAAGCUGCUGCUCCUCUUACCAUUCCUAGACUUGCAGAAAUUGCUGUCUACUUCCAUACACAGUAUUGAUGUUCUGACUGUGGAAGCACUUCCUCUCACUUGCACACUUUUAAUUUAAAAAUAUUUAAGAACCAUGGUUCUGAUUGUUUUAUGUAUUUUUCUAAAAGCUGAAUAAAGCUAUCUAUGAAUGUGAACAAAUGGAUCUUUGGCCUGUUGUUUUAUGUUUGUGGUUGAAACUUUUCCCAGAACAAAGCUCUGAGGAAUUUGGAAGUGAUUUCCUCUCAUUUUCUUUCUUCCUUUUUUUUUCUUCUUCUCUCAUUUUCUUUUAAGCAAGAAAUCCUUGGGAUUUAUAACUUAACGCAAAUUCUGCCCAUGUUACUAAAUAUUGUGAUUGAAAACAUUUUCCACAAUUCUCUCACUCACUGUUUCAGGAGCAUCUGACUUAGUUCUGAUAAGCCUUUGCUCAGUUAAUCAUGGCUGAAAUACUUCUCAGUGUUUCACUAGGGGGCUAAGGCAGUGGCUGAGCUCACCUGAGUAAAGUGCUUGUUGUGUAUGAUGGCCAUGGUGGAAUGCUCGUGCAGUCUCGCCUCUGGGGAGGCACACACCAGCAGAUCCCAAGAACUCACAGAAUAGCCUGUCUCAAAAAAUGAGAACAAGGGCUGGAGCGGUGUCUCAAGCGGUGGUUCACUGGCUAAGGGGACCUGAGUGUGGUUCCCAGCACCCACACCAGGCAGCUCAGCACUGCCCAUAACUCCAGCACCUCCAGGGGUUUGUGAUGCUGACCUGGAGCGUACAGUUUUUUUUUCUUAGGAGAGUAAUGAUGGAGGAAGACGCUUAAUGUCAACCUCUGGCCCACACUUAACGUCAACACAUACACACAAAAUAAUAACAGUAGUUAAAUGUUAUGAGUAUUGAUUCUAAAUUAGAUGUGCUUUUUGAAUUUACUUAGUUUUAUGCCAAUGAGAUAAAGGAUCUGAGUUCAAUCCCAAGGACACACGUGUUGGAAGAGAACCAAGUGCCCCAAGUUGUCCAUUGACGACCUCACUGGCAGCAUCCACGUGUAUAUACCCGUAGGUAUUUAUUCACAAACAAAAAUGUAAAAUUUUUAUUUCAACUUUGGUUUUCUGAGACAGGAUUUUACGAUAUAGCUGUGGGUAACCUAAAACUCAGUGUAGAUCAGACUGGCCUUGAGCUUGCAGCACUUUUGCCCUUCCGGUACGAGGAUUCUGUGUAGCUCCAGGUUUGUGUUUGAGAUGGUCUUACCUAGCUGAAGGUGACCGUGAACUUGAGACCCCUUUCGCAAGUGUUUGUUGCUAGUAUUAUGCCUGGUCUGUGCAAUACUGGAGAUCCAGCCCCAGGUGCCUGCUGCACAAGUACUCAGCCAAUUAACCCACGUUCCCCGGUCCCCUCUCCAACCACAUGUAGUCCAGACCUCAAACUGGUGAUCUUGCUGCUUCAGUCUCUCAGGUGCUGGAAUUGCAGUCUGUCCUGCUCCUUCCAGCUUUCAGGUUUUUUUAAAUUAAAAAUUCAGGCUGUCUCUCCUGACUACAAACCUACCUCUUCCCUGAAAUCAACUAACCUAUGUAUUCUCUCCAGAAGGGCAUAUACUAGCACAGAAAUGCUUGCCACCUCACAUUUAUAAACAAAACUGUAUUGUAAAUGCUGUUAUAAAUCUGACAUUUUAUGGAACUGUAUCUUACUGAUAGCUGUACUGUGUAACAGCCUCUAAGGAGGAGAUGGUUUCCAGUCUUCUACAAUUACUGAAAAAUGAACGAAUACGCACAUACCUAUGUAACAUACAUUUGGACAUGACUUUUAAGUGGAGGCAGAAGGGUAUGAGCACUUUGGUGUCACUGAACUGUCAUACAUCUGGUAACUCCAUAUAAGGAUACCUAGUUUCUCACAUCCAUGCCAAUGAACUUUUCUGAGAAAGGGUCUCAUGAUGUUGCUGGAGCUGUCCACUAAACUCUACUGUUAAAUUAAUUGCAGGAAAAUGGUGUUUUGCUAAUAGCUUAUAGUUCAGUUGUUUUAAAAAUAAAGUUGUUGUU